AUAAGGCGCCGCUGCCGCUGCCGCCGCCCGGGUGCCUUCCCUACCUUUUGCGGAGUGGUUGGUUGGCUGGCUGUGCCGGGGCGGCGCACAGGGAGCAAAGCUGAGCGGAGCAGAUGGUACCUGGCGGCUCCCCCGGGAUGAAGCCUCUGUCCGGCAGCUCUCGGCGGCGGAGCGGAGGGUAGCGCCGCCGCCGGGCCACGGAGGGUGGCCCGCCGGCCGGCCCGGGGCGGGUGAGCGGGCCAUGAGCCCCCGCGGGCGGCAGCCAGACUCGCAAGGGCUGGUGCUCCUGCGCCCCCUCCUCGCCUUGCGCUCGGUCCCGCAGGAGCCUCGCUAGGGAGUCCCGGGUCGCGGAGCGGGUGCGCUCUUCAGCCAAGACUUGGGAGGCCGCCUGCGCGCCCCCUCCUCUCCCCACCCUACCCCCGCCGCCUUCGCCGCCUUCCCUUCCCUUCCCUUUUUUCGUUCCUUUUCUUCUCCUGAGGUUUUGUCUAUCUGUCGCUCUUAUUUUUUUCUUUUUCUACCGCUCCUCCACCGAGCCUCCUUAGCACCAUGCGGCUCCGUCUAGGACCCACCCUGUAUGGCUUGGCUCCCGCAUUCCUGCUCCUGUUGGCCUUUCCCUUGGCAGCCGCCAUGUGCCCAAUGCUUUGCACCUGCUACUUUUCUCCACCCACAGUCAGCUGCCAGGCCAACAACUUCUCCUCGGUGCCACGGGUCCUGCCACCCAACGCUCAGCGCCUCUUCCUGCAGAACAAUCUGAUUGGGACCCUGAGAGCUGGCAUGUUUGGGCCAAGCCUCGUCACCCUUUGGCUCUACUCCAACAACAUCUCCUCUAUCCAGCCGGGCACUUUCCGGCACCUUCAGGCUUUGGAGUGGCUGGACCUGGGAGACAACCGCAAUUUGCGCACUCUUGACCCAGAUACUUUCCUUGGUCUGGAGCGGCUGCAGUCGCUGCACCUUUACCGCUGUCAGCUGAGCAGCCUCCCGACCACCAUCUUCCGCAAUCUCUUCAGCCUCCAGUACCUCUACCUUCAGGAGAACAACCUGCUUUGCCUGCAGGACGAUCUUUUUGUGGACUUGGCUAACCUUAGCCAUCUUUUCCUGCACGGCAAUAAGAUUUGGCAGCUCUCCGAGAAUGUCUUCCGGGGCCUGUCUGGAUUAGAUCGUCUGUUGCUACACAGGAACCGCCUGCACGCAAUUCCUACUUGGGCCUUCCGUGAUCUGGGCAAGCUCACCAUCCUGUACUUGUUUAACAACAGCCUGACAACCCUCUCUGGGGAAACCAUCUCUGACUUGCCCGCCCUGGAGUUCCUGCGACUCAACAACAACCCGUGGGCCUGUGACUGCCGGGCUCGCUCCCUCUGGGCCUGGUUUCAGCACACCCGUGUCUCCAUCUCGGAUGUCAUAUGCACUUCUCCUCCUGACCGUGUGGGGCGUGACAUGCGCCACCUAAACGAAACUGUCUUUAAAGGCUGCCCUCCAGGCAAUCACCACCCUGUUGGGUUUGACUGGAGUUGUAGGCCUGAGUGGGAAAAUGGAGUGGUUCACCCUCAUCCCCGUCCUCAUUCCAAUGGCUCGUCCAAUCACCUCUAUGGCCUAGGAGGGUCCCCUCCUGCUGAUCCUUCCUCCUUCUACAGGGAUGUGCCAGCUAAUGACAUCCGAAGCCCCAAGUAUGACCCACCAACAGAGGAUGGCUACUGGGGGGGCUAUGGCAAUGAAGAAGGGGGACAGCUGAAAAAGGGAUGCCCAGAACUUGGUGGUUGUUCUCUGAAUUCUGGAGGUAUUAGGGUUGGCUUCCUGUUGCUUUCUUUUCCCUGUCUACUGAUGCUUUGGGGACCUUCCUGGUUUUGACAAUGGAGGGCGGCCUGCUCUGCUGAAUGCUAAGCUGCCUUUGAGAACCGAGACUCUGGGAGAUCCAAGCCAGGAUGGAUCCCCACCCAGCACUUAGCUGAGGCCAAAGUGAUUUAACCUUUUCCCUGCCCCCAUCACAGGGUCAAAGGGAGACUAAAUCUGUUGCUGCUGCUUUCCUGGCUGGUUGUGAGACUUAAUACUGGAGCCACUUUCUGGGUGGUAUCUGUUAUAAUUCAUGAAUAUAUGGCAAGAACACCCCUUUUUUUUUAA